AUGCCUCAUAAGCGAGCCAAACGAUCUGUAAGAGAGCAGCAACUCGCGCAAAGAGGUAGCGACCUCGCACCUGGGAAUAUCUCGGUUUCUGCGGAGGGAAUUCCCAAAUCUAUGGCAAGAGUUCUAAACGCUGCCAAGCUGCACGCGGAGUACAGGAAGCGGAAGAAUGAAGAUCAGAAUGAAGGCGGGAAGAAGAAGAAGAAGCGGAAGGUCCAAGGCGACCGAGCUGACAAGGCGGACAUGAAGAUCUUGCCUGGGGAGAGUCUCGCGCAUUUCAAUCGACGGGUGGAGGAUGCGAUGCGACCGCUGGUACGAGAGGCUGUGCAAGCCUCGUCCGCGCUGGAGAGGAAAACGCGGAAAGAAAUGCUGCAAGAGAAGGCCGAGAAGCAGAAAGCGAAAUCCGAUGAAGUAAUAAAGAAACAGCAAAAGAGUGAGGACGCCGAGCCGGAACGACCAGACAAAGCACCAUCACCCGCCAAAAAGACCGACUUCCCCACACUCUCAACGUCGCAGCCGCGCAGGCUCAACGACAUUGCGUUGGCGCCCCCGCAAUUCACCAAGGUGCCGAGACUACGGAAAGGCGAGAAGGCGGAGACGACGAAGGCUGAAGGGGUGCUGUCGAUGGCACAAAAGCAGAUGAUGGAGGCGGAAAGGGAGAAGGCUAUCCAGCGAUAUCGGGAUAUGAAGAAGGCGAAGCUGAGGGAAAGCGGGAAGCUGUGGGCGGAGCAGGGUGAGGUGCCGAGUGGGUCGUGAUCUUGGUAAAGUGACUUCACCUUACUCUGCCGCCUGACG